AUACGAGAGGAAGCCAGUGAAAAAAGAAUUCAUUGUCCUGCACAUCCACAGCUGAUUACAGAGGCUCUGAAUAAAAACAGCAGUUCUCUGAAGAAUGGCUCUGAGUGACCUUCUCUACCCAGACAACCCAAAGAGACGGCAAGAAGUGAUCCGCCUGCACCAAGAGCUGCUUGACUGCAUGUCAGUUAACUUCCUUGCCACCAAUGAACUGAUUGGCGUGCUGAAUGCACAUUUGGGGUGUUCAAUUGCCCACAUCCAGAUGAGAAAGACUGGCACCAUUAAGGAAAACUGUGACAUUAUCAUCCAAGCCAUGGGUGAGAUUCAACAGGAAGUCAGGAAGAUUGACAAAGAAAUGAAGGAAAAACUGGAGCCAAUGCUGUACCAAAAACUUUGUGAUAUCAAAGAGCCAGAGGUGGGGAAAAUAGCAAUAGCACACAAAGUUUUUUCAAUUAUUCUUGGGGAAGCUACUUCCACUGCUGGUCUGUUAGCUGUGAAACUAAUUGGCUCAAAUGUUAUAACCAAUACCGUUAGCAAACUGGUCACUCUGCUUGCCCAGAUUGGUGCUUCUGUUCUUGGAGGUAUUGGAAUUGCUAUUCUUGGGCUAGGCAUUGAUGUGGUCCUCCAGGCCAUCCUAGGAGCAGUUGAGAGGGAUCAGCUGCUGGCCUCUGUUAAAAGUUAUGAGGACCACCUGGCUGAAUUUAAGACAGCCUCAGAAAAAUAUUCGUGUGCCAUAAAUGAAGCAACUUCAGUAGUGAAACAUAAAACUCAGCGAGUGGCUUUUUAAGUUGUCUCUAGCUGUCACAAUGACAGAACUUACUAGAUGUAAGAAUUAAAUCAGUUCACGUAUACUUUGAUCCUUCAUGGCUAAGCAAACUUUUUUCUUUAACUCCAGGCAUUUUUGCAGUGGCACCAGGGAUA